AUGUGUAGUUGUGUGGCCUUCUCCGAGUCUCUCGUGGCUCCAAAUCGCUUAAAGCUGGGGAUUACCUGCACAAUUAGACGGAAGAGUGAGUUUGCGAAAACUCAGUGUGUAAUCCCUUAUAAUACAAACAGUCAGAUAUACGAGACUACCAAACACUACUGCAUUGUUCUCAUUAUCGACUCGACCACUGGUGGUUUCGAAGCUGGUAUCUCAAAGGAUGGUCAGACACGUGAGCAUGCUUUGCUUGCGUUUACCCUUGGUGUCAAGCAGAUGAUUUGCUGCUGCAACAAGAUGGAUGCAACAACUCCAAAGUACUCCAAGGCAAGGUAUGAUGAAAUUGUGAAGAAAGUCUCCUCAUAUCUUAGAAUUGGUUACAACCCUGACAAUAUCCCAUUUGUCCCAAUCUCUGGAUUUGAGGGAGACAACAUGAUUGAGAGGUCUACCAACCUUGACUGGUACAAGGGUUCCACUCUCCUUGAGGCUCUUGACCAGAUCAAUGAGCCCAAGAGGCCUUUAGACAAGCCACACUAGCUCCCACUUCAGAAUGUCUACAAGAUUGGUGGCAUUGGAACUGUCCCUAUUGGUCAUGUUGAGACUGGUUUCCUUAAGCCUGGUAUGGUAGUGACAUUUGGCUCCUCUGGUUUGACCACUGAAGUGAAGUUUGUAGAGAUGCACCAUGAAGCCCUCUCUGAGGCUCUCCCUGGUGUCAAUGUUGGAUUCGACGUCAAGAACGUUGCUGUUAAGGAUCUCAAGCAUGGUUUCGUUGCUUCAAACUCCAAGGAUGAUCCUGCAAAGGAGGUCGCGACUUCAUCCUCGGUCAUCAUCAUGAACCACCCAGGGAUUGGAAGCGGAUAUGCCCAGAUCCUUGAUUUCCAUACCUCCCACAUUCUUUGUGAAAUUUUUGAAUUCUUGACCAAGAUCGACAGGCGAUCUAGAAAGGAGCUCGAGAAGGAGCCCAAGUUCUUGAAGAAUGGUGAUGCAGGGAUGAUAAAGAUGGUUCCCACCAAGCUUAUGGUUGUGGAGACUUUCUCUGAGUACCCACCCUUAGGCGACUUCUUUGUCGGGGACAUGCGCCAGAUCGUGGUCAUUGGUGUCAUCAAGAGCGUUGAAAAGGAUCUAAAUGGUGCUAAGGUCACCAAAUCUGCUGCCAAGAAGAAAUGAGAUUGCAUU